CCGGUCGGGCCGGGGUGCCCCGGCCAGCGCGAAGCCCAGCGUUGCCACCCGCCGUUCAUCGCCGGCUACUGGGACGAAAGUACCACGCCCAGCUGAUCACACCUGCUCGGCCAGUUCAAAUAGGAAGAGGAGAAUGAGAGCUUCCAAAAGAACACCUUGGACUACAGAACAUGGGGUGGAAGAGGUCCUUGAAGAAAUGGAUACUGGAAGAAAACACUGGAAAGAGAAUUUUUUUGUUCCCUUUUUAAGUCCACAGGCUAUUCUAGGUGAAGCUUCUUCUCACCUUCAAUCUUCUGAACGAAAUGCUUCACGUAAGGGCAAGAAAAUGGAUGGAAUUUAUCAUUCACCUAGUAGAAAGUUUCAAGAAAAUAAAUUUAAGCGAAAGGAAUUUAUUUCCCAACAAAAUGAAAAAGAACCAAAUUUAAGAGCAAGAAAGAUACGCAUGUCAAAGAACGCAACAAACAAACGUGCUGCCUCCCAUGGAUCUGCAAGUUUAGAUGUUUCAGGUGAAGAAAGGUGUGACAUCAAAGAAGAUUGUGUUACAUGGAUCAGAAAGAAAUCACCAACUCCACCAAUUCAGGAAUCAAAGAAGAAAAUCACCGAAGGAAUGUCUACAAAAGUUCGCAUGAAUAUUUUGAAUGAAGAACUAGAAAAACUUAAUAUAAAAUGCAGAAAAAUAGAAGAAGAAUUUCAAAUUGCUGAGAAAGAACUUAUGAGCUCCAAAAAAGAUGUCUCUCCCAAACCCCUGUAUUUUCAAGAGUCAGACAUGAGAACAUCAAAAAAAGACUGGGAACUUCGAACUUUGAGAAAUGACCUAUCUGAAAAAACAACUGAUGUCAAGAACUUAACUGAAGAGCUGCAGCAAGCCAAAGAAAUGAUCCACAAGCUGAGCCUAGAGAACAGUGAUUUAAAGGAAACUGUUAGGAAGUUGAAGCGUCAGACUGAGGUCGGAAAUGCGCUGGUCAAAGAAGAACUGAAAUUGAAAUAUGAAUUGGAAGUGGAUAAGAUCCGUGAAGAGGUCGAUACCAUCAAGAAUGAACUGAGAACAGAGAAGACUCUGCAAGCGCGAAACAACAGGGCCCUGGAGCUGCUUCGGAAACAAUUUGCUAAUGCAUCGUUAGAUGCCCCUGACAGGUUUCCACUGGAUUUUUUUUAAAACAUUAAAAAAAACCCAAGCCUUUCAUUAGGCAGGUCAUUGAGCUCAAUCAGUGUUUCUUGUGCUUUCUUUGUGUGUUGCUUAAAAUGUGUGUCGUGAGAUGUCAUUUU